AUGGAUGAAAAUGAUGAUAUUCAUGACGUUGAUCAUGUUGACGAAGAUAAUGCUAAUGAAGAUGACUUUGAUGGUGUUCAUGGUGUUAAUGAAGAUGUUGAUGACGCUGACCAUGUUGAAGAUGAUGUUGAUGAAGGUGAUGUUGAUGAAGAUGAUGUUGAUGAAGAUGAUGUUAAUGAAGGUGAUGAUUAUGGCACUCAUGAAGCUGAUGGUGAUGAUGAACAACAAAGUGUGCAAAAUACUGAAGAAACUGCGAAAAAUAAGUUGAAUCAGUUUAAGGAUGUCCUAAACAAGCAAAAGAGGCCACAUCUGCUAAAAAUGCAGAAACUCCCAAAGAACAGAAAACCAGACAAAUCUCUGAAGGCGGAGAAGGCUUCUUAUUUUCAGAAGACUGUUGAUGAAGCAAAAGAUGCAAAGAAGGGAAAACAAUUAUUUGCAUUUUUGGAAUUUGAGAGUGAAACUGAGGAAAAUCACAUGCUCCUGCAAGAAAAAAAUUUGCGAAGUCAGCAUGCUACAGUAGAUAUUGCUGAUGUGAAAAGCAAACCAAAAGAAGCAAAGAACAGGAAGAAAAGAGAUAUAAUCCAAGGAAAUUAUUUGUCUUUGACAUUCUAA